AUUACUUUAAAAUAUGUGCACUGUAAAAUAAUAAUUAUUUUCAAGUUUGUUAUUAAUUUUAUAUCAUUAAUAGUACAGUACAAAAAUUUGUUAUUAUUGAAAUAAGUCUGUAUAUAAUUAAAAAAAUAAUAAUAACCAUUGAGUAAACAAUGUCAAAAACGUUUGAAUGGAACUGGUGUAGCAAGCCGAUUAUCAAUUACGAAAAGCGUAAGAAAAAAUGUAUACUAGAAAAAUGUAGUAUUGACCAUCCAUUGAAAUCUUUAACUCCACCGGUGGUCAAAGGUAAAGACGAGUCUUUUAGCGAUCCACUCGAUUCUGCAAUUACUUAUGGGGACGAUCCACUCAGUCGACCCACUCAACUGACACCGGUCGAUUUCGAAGAGUCCAACUUCAGUUUAUCUGAUAACUUGCAAUCGUGGUCUCAAUGCAAACAAAAUAUUUUAAACAACUACACGACGUCUGAAAAGUUAUCGUUUAAGUCUUAUUCAAAAACCAUACAGAGCGCUACUAUACGAUCGAGGCUUGAAGAACUAGAAGAGUUUGAGGAUCAGCUGGAUUAUUCGGAAAAAGAAUUAUGUGAUCUAACACAACAAGAGUUCGUAACACAUAUGGACAGUUUAAGUAGAGAAAUUGUGGACGCAUGGAAUAACGAGCAACGAGUGAAAGCUUUGAAAAUAAUCAUUCAGUGUACUAAAAUAUUAAGUUACACGUCUCCGUUGCAGUUUUAUCCAAGUAAAUUUGUAUUAGUGACCGAUUUGUUGGAUUUGUUUGGCAAUCUAGUUUACGAUAGACUGAAAUCUAAAUCUGAAGUCGUUGAUGGUCAAGUGAUAAGACUUCCAAUUAACUUUACUCCAAACAUGAUACCCAUAGCUGCCCAAGAAACUUGUCGCAAUUGGUUUUAUAAAAUCGCAUCUAUUCGUGAGCUCAUACCUCGGUUGUAUAUUGAAGCCGCAAUUUUACGUAGCUACCAGUUCAUCAAAACCGAUCAACAAAGCGCAGCUAUAAUGAGAUUGAUCAAGAUGGUACGAGGUAUAGGCAAUCCGUUAGUGGCAUGGUAUGCACGUUGUUAUUUGUGUAGAGUCGGCGCCACAAUAAAAGUCAAUGUCAAUUACUUCGAAGAAAGUUUCAAGGAUAUUUUGUUGACUUAUAAACAGUUGAGUAGCAAAUAUGUGUCCAAAGAAGUACAAAUUCGAAGUAUGUCCAUGGAAAAAUACCUUCAGUUGUUGUGUCCAGCUUUGGAAUGGAUAGUCCGAGGAUUGUGUUCGUCCCUCGAUACGCCUAAACUCGAUGAGAUUUUAAAGUGGUGCACGCUGCAGAAACUCAAUGGUCUUCUUCUCAACACCAUAGUGAAUACAUUCCCUGGAUACUAUAUCGCUCAAAAAGCCGAAUACUUGGUGAUUAUAGUGUCCAAUUGGCAAUAUGAUGUGUUUCCGCAGACGGUGGUCAUUCAAAACCUGGGUACGAGUUUGAGAGGGCACGUCGUGCCUAAUGCUCCAAACGUGCUCCGAGAAGCUUGGAAACUAGUCACCAAAGUUAAAGACGCCGAAAGUUACAUGGGAUGCGCCGAAGCGUGGAUAUAUUUUAUUGUAAAACAUUUCAAGAACAAAGAAAUAAAUCUAUUUAUGAGCGACAUAACAAGACACCUUAGCAACCGAGUGGGUAUCGAACGAUUUCACACACAACUUCACAAUAUUUUACAGCACUUGCUCAAUUACGUUGAAGACUUUGAAAACGUGUUCCUCAUGAAUCAUCUUCUACCCUACUUGGAUAUGUUCGGGUCGGACAUAAAUAAAUCUGCUUGCUGCAAAACGGUAUUGGAAGCUUAUCGAACACGAGGAGAACACGUCCAGUCCCACGAUCCUGUCAACAACGAUUGUCUGAUGUACAUGUGCAAAAUAUUGCACGAUUCUAUCGACUCGUUAACAGUAGAAGAUGAAGUUCGUCAAAUCAGUCGCCUCAUCACGUGUUUUAUUUUUCGUGUCAAUUACGGCAACGAUUUAGAAAAGCAUUUAAAUUUUUAUAUGGAAGCCAGAGGAGCGUUCAUCAGGCUAGAUUACGUUCAGGCUGCGCUCGUACAGUGCGUAAACAAGUUAAUGGUGAAAUCCGUGUCGGCUUCGAGAGUACUAGUGAAAAAUUCAUUUGCUCGGGCUUGCUCGGCAUAUUGUUAUAUCACAAUACCGUCGAUUACAUCGCCACUCGUCAAACUGCAACUAUAUUUGGUCACCGGUCAAACUUCAUUGCUAAACGGUUGCUUAGGACAAGCUGACGCUUGUUUCAAAGCUGCAUCGAUGACUAUACGAGAUUUUCCUACUUCCUUAGAAAUCGACGGACAUGCAAUUCAAACCGAACCGAUAUUGAUUGCAUACAUUAGAGAGAUGUUGUCAAUAUUGCUUGUAGUGCCGGACUGUCCUGAUCAAGAAGUUUUACACCAGGUAAGAGUACUGAUCAAUUCAAUCAGACAAUACUCAUGGACAGACCCUAUGCAACCGUACUCUUUAUACUUGUACGUACUCGAUAUGUUGUCUACCGCGACAUUGGACACUUAUCCUUACAGAAUACCAGAUGUUGAUUCCAAUGACGUUUUAUAUGGAAGAGAACCUCAGUUUGUAGCCGAUGUAGAUUCCAUGUGUACUGUGUUAGUCGACAGCAUACUCGAACAGUUAAAAGAAUUAGCAGACAAAACUAAUGAUCAAUCAAAAUUAGCGUUCAAUCUGUUUAUGCAUAUCGUUGUCAGAGCGGAUUUAAAUGAUGUACAAAUGACUACAUUAGCCAUUAACCUUUGGAAACUUUCAAAAAAGCAUAAAACAAUGGACGCUAAAACUCAAGAAAGACUGAUUACAUACUUGUGCGAUUUUUGUGAGAACGAAGAUGAUGAAAUAUAUCAAAAGCUCGCCCAAAAAUUAUCGGGGAAGCCAAUAGGAUCGUCGCAAUAAUAUACAUGCAAUUAUUUUUACACAUAAAUAUUCUAAUGUUAUUGUUAUUCAUUUAUAC